AUGAAUCCUCCAACGAAGCGGUCUGGCCGUAUUGGCAGCACGAAGUCUAAGACCGGCUGCAACACCUGCAACACUGCCUCUAAAUCGAGAACCACACAACCUUCAAUCCCAUUGCAGUUUGCAUUUUCGUCGCAUUCAGGAUCGCGAGAGAGACGCGCUUUCGAGUACUACUUCCAUCGAGCUGGCCCGUCGCUUUCGGGCGUUCUCGAUGUCUCUUUCUGGAGAGGCUCUGUCCUGCAGAUCUGCCGCCUGGAACCUGCGGUCUGGGAUGCAGUGAUCUCGCUAAGCACCCUCUAUGAGCGGCCUCCUAUUCAUGAGUCGCCAGCAAUGGAAAUGAUCAAUGAUCCAGCUGUGGUGCGACAACGCCACCAUCGCGAGGCUCUUGUUUGGAGAGUGCAGAUGAUGCUCGGCGCAACAUCGACCCCUAUGAUAUCUCUUCUUCUACCCAUAUUCCGCCGGUUGGGAACGUGGGCUCUCAUCGUCGAAGGAGGGCCAGACGAUUGUUGGGAUCUUAAUCCAAUACAUUCGUACGCUGGAUUUGCAUCCAUUGACGAUGCGAGGAAUGUGUUGUGUGGGAUCGUCGCAGAGAUGAAAACCCUUGAUGUCGAUGCAAAGACCUAUUGGAAACAAACGCAUGACGCCCGCCGAAGUCUGUCGCCGGAGCUUGUGGCUCGACAGAACCACUUGGAAGAGCGCCUUCAGCAUUGGUACCGUCUUUUUCACGCUUUGGAGUGCAUGCAAAUAUCAAAUCUUCCUGGUAGUGGCGUGAGCAACGACGGUGCCAUCGCACUCCUUCUUAUGACCUAUACGAGCGUUUUGAUCGAGAUAAAAACUUGUCUUGAUCCAGAUCAGACAGCAUACGACGCCUACGAAACCGAGUUCACUCAGAUCCUUGAUCUUGCACCAAUUGCGAUUGCGUCGACUCGUCUCGCCGAUGAUAAACAGCCCCCUUUCAUGUUCGAGAUGGGUGUGUUUCUUCCUCUUUUCAUAACAGCCCUUAAAUGUCCAUUUCCACAACUUCGUCGGCGGGCACUUCAUUUCCUCUCGCAAGCCCCACCGGCACAGGGCCUGUUCAUGUGUGGCCCGGCCGCGGAUGCCGUGGCUGUGAUUGUCACUUUGGAGGAAAACCCAGCAACGACACCUCGUAGUGCUGCUGAGGUGAAGCAGCUGCUUGCCCAACCAGGGUGCAUACCGGCAGCCACCAAUCGUACAUGCAGUUUUGGCGUCUCGUCGGAACUGGAUGAGAAAGGGAAACCUUUGAACUGGUUGCACUACUCAUUGCGAUAUUUUGACGGAGAGGGUCGGAUGCAGUUGAAGCAGAAGUCAAUCCCUUUUCCAGACUUCCAUUCUCCAACAUGA